CUGAACACUGAUGGUGUUACUGUGUACAAGUCCUCCACACAAAGCCUUUGGCCAGUCUAUCUUACUAUCAACGAGUUGCCACCACAAUUAAGAUUUUUUUUAUCAAAUACACAAUUGUCUGUGGGUUGUGGUGUCAGCCAUACAAACCACUAAUGCACCUAUUUCUGAAACCAAUAAUGGAAGAGUUAGUUCACCUAGAAGAAACAGGUAUUCUUAUUGACACACCAUAUGGGUCUAAGAUCUGUAAAGCAAGACUGCGUUUGAUGACAAUCGACCUGCCAGCAAGAGCCAUUGUCAUGAAUAUGAAGUACUACAAUGGAGAAAAAUAUUCCCAGUUUUGUCUGCAGAGUGGAACCACACUACCAGAAAUCCAUUGCACCGAUUUUGGCCAUAUGAGAAAAAAGGUUGUUCUAAGAGACAAUGCCAGCUUGCAACGACAUAGCGAGGAGGCUCUCAAGACAGGAACAACAAUCUAUGGAGUGAAGGGUGUUAGCCCAUUAGCUAGAGUGAAAUCAGUAGAUCUGGUCAAGUCUUGUGCCAUCGACUGGAUGCACUGUGUGCUCCUUGGAGUUACAAGAAAACGUUUUGAAAUAAGGUUAUCAAAAGACACAAGACUGCUGCUGACUAAGAUACCUUUAGUCGAUAAAAGAUUUCUAUCGAUUACAGACAUACCUAAACACAUUACUACAGUGCCCCGUUCAGUCACGGAAUGGUCCAACUGGAAGGCAAAUGAGUUUCGAACAUUUUUGAUUCACUAUGGCCUGCCAGUUCUCAGAGGCACAUUGCCAUUGGAUAAUUACAUUCAUUUUACGUUGCUUGUAGCAGCCAUAAGACGACGCUCCCAAGCAAAAAUCUGUGUAUCAGAUGUUGAAACAGCAUACAAAUAUCUAGACAUCUUUUGCUGUCACUUUGAAAAUUUGUAUGAGAAAAUACAGCUGCAGCUGCUACCACCAUAGAACCCUUAGGUACACCAGAGCAAAAAGAAUUGACAACAGCAACACUAAAACAAUUGGACAGCCUGGUGAGAAAAAGAAAUCAAUAUCAUUCAACCACCCAAUCAACAGAAACAGCAAGUUACAGACAACUAAAGAUCAAUGGAACAGUAUUUACAGCAAGAAGUUAUCUACGUAGCAAGCGAGUCUCUCGCACUGUGGAAGUUCGAAAGAAUCACUUUGAAUAUGGAACAAUCGACCAAUUUAUUCUUCGUCAAGAAAUCUUUUAUGCCACUAAAGACAGUUUCGAAAAACUAAAUACCCCGACUGCAGAGCAAGUUUCUGUAAUUCAACAUUAGACGAACUGGUAGGAAAUCAAGUGUUUCCAGUUGAUUAAACAAAACAAAUUUGGUGGUACCUGCUAUCAGCAUAGUACAAAAAGUGAUUCCAAUAGAAAUGGAAGGAUCAACCAUGAAAUACAUAUCUCUCUUGGAUGAUGCCCUUGAACACGACUGAAUUGUAUUUAGCUGUUGUUAUCAUACGUAUGUACAUGUACUAUAUGCUGCAUUUGUAACAAUCUAACACAACCGUUGGUGUAAAUAAUUACUUGUGAAACUAUAUCAUUUUGUACAGUGUAUAUAUUGCACGCAAAGUGUAUGCAUGGACAAUCCAUGAAUUGCUCGACACAAUCUAUUGAUCGCCUGUACAAACCAUGGAUAGCAUACGCGAAACCUGCAUCCCUAACCCUAAAGCAAAUUCUCAAAUUACCCGAAUUCACUAGAUAUGCACAAUUUGUCCAUGUUCAUAUCCACGCAUUGCUCAUGACACAUAUACACAUGCAUUUUGUACAUACUUUGAUCACUGUCCAAGUCAAAAUUGGUCCUCGAAACAAUACUAUCUAUCAACUAUUAACUAACUACACCUACGGGGCAUUCGAUUGGGCUCUUCCAGCCUCUUCCAAAAGAGUCUGUAAAAAGUUCGAAAGAAGUUGAAACAGCUACAGCUGCGACCAAUAAACCGCCAUGCUCUUCCAAAACUGGAACAUUUGCAACCUCAUGUGCACGUUACAAUGUCGCUACAACAACAAAGCAGAAGUGUUUGGUGACUUGCUUGUUACAAAAGACAGCAAGUGGUUAAAGAUCUCCUUGUCUCUCGUGCCACUAGCGUUGACUAAUGCAACCCUUGAAGUAUGUGCCACACACACCUCUUCCAGCGGUGGCAGAGCUGGUAGAGGUUGGAAGAGGAAAGAGGUUUUUUGAAAGAGGUUACAUACAUGUGUG